GAGGAAGACUGUGGAGUAGGCGCUCAGUCUAAACUGCGCUCAGGCUGUGCCAGGACCUCUGCUGACUCCUGCGUCCCACAGGCUCGGCGUCGGAUCAUCUUCUUCUCCGUGAUGGAUCCUCCGCCGUCUGCGCUGUGUGCCGGAUGAACCGUGGACUUUACUCUUUGUAUGAUGGGAAUAUACCGCCGGUGCGCUCGGCCCCGUGGAUGUACACAAGCUUGAUGGAAAGCAUGCCACCGCAGCAGGGGAGCAUGGGGCAGAACAGGUCCGACUCCCUGACGGGUGACAGCAAGGCGCUGCCCGACAGCAAAAAGAAGAUGAAGACCCUGGCCCAGAGGCGACAGUCGGCUCCCUCGCUGGUCAUCAGUAAAGCCCUCACAAGAUCAAGAAGCGCUUCCAGAGAAAGCUGCAUGAUGCCAGUCAGCCCGGAGUCGUGUCCUCUUGUCCAGGCCUUCCUGGCUGAAUAUCCUGGCCGCCUGUUCCUGGGUCACGCUCAAACGCAGCUAAAGACGGGCUUACAGACCCAGGAGAGACAGCUCUUCCUCUUCAGCGACACGCUGCUCAUUGCUAAGGCCAAAUCUCCCACUCAUUUCAAAGUGAAGACCCAGGUCCGAGUGUGUGAGAUGUGGACGGCUAACUGCAUGGAUGAGGUGUGUGAGGGAAGCACGAACCCCGAGAGGAGCUUCGUUAUGGGAUGGCCCACCUGUAACUUUGUGGCCACCUUCAGCUCCGAAGAUAUCAAGGACAAAUGGUUGGCUCUCAUCAGUGGUCAGAUAAACGAGGGGAAAGAGAAGGACGAUCCCAAAACCAUACCUCUGAAGAUAUUUGCCAAAGACAUUGGAAAUUGUGCAUAUGCCAAGACGCUCGCCGUCAACAACAAUGACAGCACCAACGAUGUCAUUCAAGUGGCUCUGCAGCAGUUUGGCAUAUCAGGUUGUCUCAAAGAUCAUCGACUGUGGGUCAGUUCCUGUAAGGAUGAUCCUCCCUACCCCCUCAUCGGCCACGAGUUUCCCUUUAGCAUUAAGAUGAGCCACAUUCGGGACGGAGGGAGCAGUCCUGGUGGAUAUGGAGGAGGACUUGGGAGGGAGCCGAUGAGCCCAACAGACUGCCCUGAAGUUCUGCUGCUGGACCAGUGCCUUCCCCCAGACACCCAGUGCCAAUUUAUCCUCAAACCCAACAAAGUGGUUCUUGAGCCUCCACAGAUUAUAGAACCCAGUCACCAGAAGACCUUUAAGAGAAAGAGAUCCCUGAUCAACUGGCCUUUCUGGAAGGGUUCCAGCACCCAGCUGGACGGCGUGCCUCUUUCCCCAUCGUUGCUGUCUCCUACUCAGGGACGGCUAUUUGGACAACCUCUGAACUCCGUGUGCUCUUCAGAUCACGGCUUGCCUAAGCCUGUCAUGGAUAUGUUGGUGUUUCUUUAUCAGGAAGGCCCAUACACAAAGGGUAUCUUCAGGCGGUCAGCUGGCGCUAAAGCCUGUAGAGAGCUUCGAGACAGACUGGACAGCGGUUCGGAGGAGCCGGAGAUCACACACCAGUCUGUGUUUGUCAUCGCCGCUGUCCUCAAGGACUUCCUGCGAAAUAUCCCAGGCAGCAUACUGUGUGUGGAUCUGUACGAGCGGUGGAUGGACGUGAUGGAGGGGGAAGGAGGAGGGGAGAGGCUGCCGGCUGUUGAGAGGCUGCUGAACCUUCUUCCCAGUGAGAAUCUGCUUCUGCUGCGUCAUGUGAUCGCUGUUCUGCACCACAUACAAGGCAGCGCCCACGACAACCAGAUGAACGCCUUCAACCUGUCUGUCUGUAUAGCUCCCAGCAUGCUUUGGCCUCCGACCCCAAGCACUCCUGAUAUGGAGGGAGAGGCCACAAAAAAGGUGUGUGAGCUUGUGCGGUUCCUGAUAGAGAACUGCAGCAAUGUCCUGGGAGACGUCGCCUCAUUGUUCAAAGACAUCAGCCAGAAGAGCAACAGCGACCACGGAUCUGAUGUCUCCUCCUUUCAAAUGAACGACUCGUCCUACGACAGUCUCGAGAAUGAGCUGAACGAUGAUCCCGAGUCUCCCUACCAGGAACAGCUGCUGCUUCGCGAGAAAGCCAAGCCGGAGAGCCGCAGCCGGGACUCGGUCAUCACCCUCAGCGACGGCGACCCCGAGCUGGACCCCGACACUGACCACCUACUGCAGCUCCCUCCUCUGGGGAGACCGAGGAGGUUCAGCCCCGCAGUGCGACAGCCCCGCAACGGCUCGUCGCACGGUCCCAGGAGGCUCAGGAGAAGCUCGGAGCCUGCCUUGGCUUUGGCGAACGUGCCUUCCUCCGGCCUUGUGAUGAUCAACGCAGAUAACCGCCACUUACCUUUAAGGAAGGCGAGCUACGAUGCGGCCAUGGAGGGGGAAGGGGAGGAGGACGAGGUGUUUGUAGAGCAGGGGCUGAACAGGCUGCAGCUAAACGAGGAGGGCGAGGACGAGUGCAUUCAGAGAGGGGCCAGCGGUGGACGGAGGAAGACAAAACACGCGCCUCCGCCUCCCUUGCGACUGGAUGCCAGCUGUUCCAGCCUGUCCUCACCGGCAACUUCUCCGACAGGGUCCUCCCUCAGCUCUUUGGACUCUGCCUUUUCCCAGUACUCCACAGACUACGGUACGAAUGGCGCAGCCACUCAGCAGUCGCCCAGAGACUCCCCGCCUCAGAGGGACACCCUGCCCCAUUGGCAGCCAUCCGUCCACCCUCCUCGAGGAAACCAAAUCUCCCACCAGUCCCACGGGCUGCACCCGAACACCUGGCUGAAGAAGGACCGCUGCUUGUCUCUAAGGCACCCUGAGGGUGGACACUCGGAGGACUUGCCCGUGGUGAACGGGAACGCCUUCCCAGCCAGCAGCGGUUGCUCGGUCGCCGUGGACGAUGCCGCAGCGCCGAACAAAAACUGCCAACGGCGAUCCAGCAGCCCUCCGUCCUAUCAACAGGCUCUUGUUCAGCUUCAGCGCAGCCGCUCGCCUUUUUACCGAGGGGCGGAGAAACCUCUGACCGUCAAAGAGCUGAGGCAGCUCCAUGACCAGAGCUGCACUUACAAAUGCUCCAGCCCAACAUCGCCGGAGAACCCCAAACUGCUCACUGGACCUGAGGUCUCGCCAACAUCGACAGGGACUGAGAGGCCUCAGCCGCCACAGAGCGUUUUCUACGGACAGACCGCCACCACCCUGGUCCUCCAGAGGCCAAAGUCCCACUCUCUCACUCCUGCUGGGGAAGGUCACAAAGGAAGGAAGACCCUUCCUCGCAGAGCCUCUGAGCCCACUAAGGGCUCAGCCAACUCGGACAUCUCCAAGAGCCUUACCCUAGACAGGCCCUUUGGCAAUAGGACUCAGCGGAAAGACGGCAGACUGAGUGCAUCAAACGUGGAGUCCAGCCACUCCAAGACACAUCUCUGCCUUUCUCCUUCUGCCACCCGGGUGGUGAGGGACUACUUUUCCUCGCAGGGUCAGGCGGAUGCUGACUCCUGCUUUCAGAGGAGUCAGGAGGUGGCGGUGGCGAUUGUGCAGGGCAAGAAGGAGUGGCAGAGGAGGCGGUGCAGCGACCCACGGCUGGAGGACUUUGAACAGCUGUUCUUUGCAGAAGAGUCAUAUGUGUGAAAAAGAAGUCUUUAUAAAGAAAUGUGUAAAUGGGGGGGGGGGGUCUGUUUUUAAUCAAAUAUGUUCCUUUGUGUACAGCUGUUGUCCUCAUUGGUGUUAUAUUCCCCAUAUACAUGCUUUCCUAAUGUUGCAGAGUACUUUAAUGGUACACAAUAUUUUAGAAGGUACAAAUACACGCCGUGAUUAGCAAGGAAUAAAUUCCAAUAUCCCUGAUAUUUAGAAGUGAUUAUUGCUCUGACUUUAUGAACAGUUAAUACAGCUUGUGUUUUUUUUUAACCCAUGCGUUAAAUUAACAGUGUUCUAUUUUCUCAUUUUUCAUCUUACCUUCAUAAUUUCCAUCUUCUCUCAAGGAACAUUACUUUUUUUUUUUUUUACUUUUGUUGGUAAAAAACAAGUUAAUGCUGUACAUACGUUUAACUUAAAGAAACAAAACAUUUGUACCUUUUGUGAUGUAACAGAUGCUUUUAUUACAUAAGCUAAACCUUUUCAACAGGGUAAAGCUUUAAUUUCCUUUUCAAACUGUUAAGGCUAUUUAUUCAUAUAAGCUGUCCUUUCACGUACACAACAGUGUCCUCGUUAUUGGUAGCUCUGGGUUGGAUCUCUGCGACCGUGAUGAAAGGGUUAGAAUUAGAGAUGCAUCAAUCAGAGAUUUAUGGCCGAUUGCCAAUCUUCCUGGCUUUAACAGCUUUGAUCUGCGUUUUGCCUAAUAUGAUGAUUAUGAGCUAUGAUUAUUGGCUUUACUACAAACACAAAAUGAUAAUGCAGUUGAGAUUUUUAGUAAUGGUUUUGUCUUUAGCGACAACCUCCACACGGCAUUGUUGUUAGCUCCAUCUGCUUGGCACGGUGCCUUCACUGACUGGAAAAAGCUCAGAUUCUGUAAUUUCGUUGACUGGAUGAUGACCGGCAAGGGUGGGUUAAGCUGAAAAUCAGCUCAUUUCCCUUAACAGCUGAUAUCUCUGUGCAUCUCUAGUUAAAAUCUUUUUUUUUAAUGUUGCUUUUAUGGCACUUCUAUAUUUUUUAUUAAGAAAAUCAACUAAUUUAACAGGAAAACAGCUCAUUGUGUUUUUAUGCCUCUUAGUCUCCUCUCCCUGACCAAAAGACAUUUUUUUAAAGUACUGCCUACAUUUUCUUGUUUAUACUUUGAAGCUUUGAACUCAGUAUUAGAACAGGUUUCAUGUGUAUUACAUGUGUUUUUUAUCAUAUAAAACAGAGGGAAGGGGUGAUUGUCAUGAGUAAUCCUUCUUUAUUAUAAUUAUCUCCACUACCGUGAAUUGUGUUCAGUCUGUAUAGUUGUGCAUAUUUAUGACACAGAUAUGUAUAAAUAUAUAAAUAUCUUUUUUUUUUUUGGUAUGGUUUGUGAAAACGAAAUGUGUAUUUUUGUACAAGCCAUUUCUGCUGCUGCUGUCUUAAUAGAAAGUAUAUUUGCUACAAAACGCACCAGUUGUAUAUUGUGUAAAUCUGACUCCUAAUGCUCACGAGAACAAAGAAAAAUGUGGACUUUAAUAAACAUUGCUCCUGUGAAACUA